ACAAAUGCCGGUUUAAAAAUUUGUUUUUAAGUGUGCAUAAAGUUUUAUACGUGGUGAAAAUAAUUUUUUUUUUUAAUUGGAACGGUUGGAAAUAGAUACACACUAUAUGUAUUGUAUAUACACUAAACUAAUACAUCUAUAUAAAAUAUUUUAUAUUAAAAAUAUUCACCACUAACGGUAGAAAGAGAAAUCAAGAUUUUGAAAAAUUUAGUAUAGAUUGUGUACUUUUCUGUGUAUGAGGUGUGUUCCGUCUGCUAGAGUAAACUAUAUUUAGUGAAUGGCAAUAUUAAAAGGAAAAAAACAAAAAAAAAAUUUUAUUAAAAUAAUUAAUUAAAUAAACCAAAAGUUUUUCUAAACAAAAGAUUUAAAAUAAGGUGUAAAUUAUUAAAAUAUGUUUGAAUUUGAAGAUAUGAGCACUGGUUUUCAUGAUGUUUUUCUUAGCAAGUAUGCGGAUUCAUCGGGUCCCAUACUUGAUUUGUAUAUAUCCGAUUCUAUGCAAGACAUGUUGGAUAUUGACAUUAGAUCAGAAGUAGCAACUGUAGUGGGAGGCACAAACGAGUUUAGUUCGUUAGUAAAUGAUCUGCCAUCAUUAGAGCUGGAUUCAAAUUCACAUGAUGGAGAAGCAUCGUGGCUUGGCGGGCCAAAAUGGUCAGCUCCAAAUGAUUAUUAUGCAGAUGUUGGAGCAUGUGUAAAUCCGAAUUCAGUUAUGCCCAUAAUAACAUCUUCAAUAUUAAAUUCACAAAAAUGUCAAAUAAAUUUGAAUACGAAUAAUUAUAAACAAAAUUUAACAUCACCACCACCAAGUCCCAAGGAAAACAAGAGUCAUUUAACAUUUUCACCAAAUCAAAUAAAGGUACCUUCUUCAGCUCAUGAUAUUAUUCGUAAGCCAUCAUCACUUGCUUUACCGAAUGAAUUGGAUUCAGUAAAAAAGGAUCUACGCAAUUUAAAUGGAAAUGAAAGCGAUGGAAAAAGUAUAUUGAAAACAGAAAAUAAAAUGAAUAAUGGCAAUAACAUUACAAUAGGGAAAACUUAUAGUAGUAAUAAUAUGAAUAAUAAUAUUAACAAUAACAUAAAUAAUAACAUUAAUAAUAAUAGUAAUAAUAACAAUAAUAAUAACACUAGAUUAACAAAUCAUCAUAUUAACACAAAUUCUAUACUACCAGGUGCCGGCAAUACUAUCAAAUUGGCACCCGGAAUAGGAGGUUUAACUUUUGCCAGCAAUUUCGCUUAUACAAAACUGAAGCAGCAAAAUAUAAAUAGUAGCAAUAAUACUCAAAUUAAGCUAAAUAGUUCUCAAUCGAUAACAUCACUUAAUACAAAUAAUAUAAAACGUGAUCGUGAAACAUCUAGUCCUCUGCAAAGCCAGAAUUUUAACACGAUUACGAAUGGUAAUUACACAACAUCUAAUAACCAGCAGCAAAUUCAUAUUCAACAAAGUGGAAAAAUUAUAUCAAGAAAUAUAUUAGUCCAAAGUAAAAAUUUAUCAGCUAUAAAUAGUAACAGUAAUUAUGUAAGCUCUCCAGUUGGAUCACCACAAGCAACUAAUCAAGUAAAUAAUAACACAUCAACAAACAAAAGCAGCAAAUCCAAGCAGCCAGUUGUUGUGAGCGAAUUUCCAAAACCAGCGUACUCAUAUUCUUGUUUGAUUGCUAUGGCAUUGAAAAAUUCCAGAAGUGGAUCAUUACCCGUAUCAGAAAUCUAUAGUUUCAUGUGUGAACAUUUUCCAUAUUUUAAAACAGCACCAAAUGGUUGGAAAAACAGUGUCAGACACAAUUUAUCCUUAAAUAAAUGUUUUGAAAAAAUUGAGAAACCAGCUACAAAUGGUGGCCAGCGCAAAGGAUGUUUAUGGGCCAUGAAUCCCUCAAAAAUCACAAAAAUGGACGAGGAAGUGCAAAAAUGGUCGCGUAAAGAUCCAAUGGCCAUACGUAAAGCAAUGGUAUAUCCCGAAAAUUUGGAAGCUCUAGAACGAGGCGAAAUGAAACACGGCAGCACUGGAGAUAGCGAUGUUGAAAACGACGGCCAAUCAGAUGUCGACGAAGGAAGUGAUAUGGAAGCCGAAAAUGACAUUGAUGAUGUUUUGAUAGAAACACCAGAAUCCAUGGAAGAGGAAGAUGAUGAACAAAACCAGCAACACAUUCAGUUACAUGAUAGAGAUUUUGAUAUUGAGGUGCAAGAUAUUUAUGAUGCUAUAGAUUUGGAAGAUGAUAAGGAAUCGCUUCACUUAACCUUACGGCAAAAUGAUUUGCUUGAGUAUACCACAAAUGAAUAUCCAUCACCGAAGAGAACCAAAGUUGAUGUAAAUUAUACUGUGCAAAAUAUUGAUUCAAUUAAAACUAUAUCUUCGUCACCAUCCUCGCGAAAUCAUCAACAAAUAAUUACCACUCAACAGCAUUUAAGUGUACAGCAUAAUAGGCGAAAAACUCAACUCAUAAACAGAGUAGCAUAGUAUUAAAAUUGAACAUGCAAAUAUUUAAAAAUAUUUAAAAUAUAUAUAAUAGAUUUUAACUUAAUAUAUUUAAUUUUAAUAAAAAAAAUACAUACGUAGUACUUUAAAAUAUUCAAUAAAUAUAGAUAUAAGUAAUUCAUUAUUAUUUAAGAUAGCCGAAAAAAAUUCGAUUGCAUAUGGAAAGUCUUCUUUUUUAGCAGCAUUUUAAGUUCAUAAUGUUAUACGAUUUUUCUUAGACUUUGUUUUUGAAAAAUUCAUAUAAUUAGACAAAAAAACUUAUUUUGAAACUGAAAUUCAGUUUUUUAAGUUAAAUACGAGGGCUGCUAAAAAUUUUCAUUCAAGUUCAUACUUUUUAUUUUAAGUAUUUAUAAAAUUCCAAAAAUAAAAAAAAAACUUUAGAUUAUGUUUAGUUUUAUUUUAAUCUAAAAAAAUUCACUUAAUUUUAACAAGUGAUUUAUAAAGUACAAAAAAUGUAAUUCGUUGUAAUUUUGUCAAUAAAUUAAUUUUUAAUUUGUA